AUGACCUUUGGGGUCCUGGCGCUUUUCUCCAUGAAGCGGGUGACCCCCGGCCACGUGGCGCUCAUCGAGGACUGGCAGGGCAACUUGCAGCCGUACAUUUAUGACGACAGUCAAAUGGUCCUGGCCAUCCCGUUUUGGCACCGGUGCAUCCACAUCCGCUUGAUCCCGGUGAAGAAACGCUUCAUCAAGGAGUUCAAAACCAAGGAUAACAGAGAUGUGGAGGUGCGGCUGGUUUGCCGAAUGCAGCCGAAGGUUCACUGGGUUCCAGAGAUCUACUACAAGUUCGGCAAGGACUAUGGACGGGGUUUCCUGGAGAAGGAGGCCAGCGUUGACAUCUCCGAGGUGGUGAAGCUGCACACCUUCGCGGAGCUGGUUUCGGGUCCUGAGGACGCAGUGGAGGCGAUCGCAGAUGAGAUCAAUCUCAGGAUAAACGACGCGUGCACAUUUCACAAGAUCAAGAUCGCAAAGGACGAGACCUCCAUUGUGUUCUUGGACCCGGAAGGUGAUGAUGUGGACGACGUGGAGUAA